AUGUAUGAUGCGGAUGGUCUGGAUAUAGUCCUUCCAGCGAGUACAGUACCUCUAAAAUGUAGCGAUUUGUGCGUUUUGGACGUCAAUUUGCUUCCGAGCCUCGGCUUGGAGGUCAAACGUAUCCUCGCGGAGGAUUCGCGGCUUUUGCCUCUGGUUUUUUCAGCUAUUGACAGUAGAAUUGAGAUUAUAAAUGGAAAGGAUGGGUCUGUAGUCUCGUUUCUUGGCAUAAAUGGCAUAAUCGCCGCGAAAUGGCUUCUCCCCUUUUCUCGCCUCUGCCGUUGGCCUUCAUUGGCGGAUUUUGGGGACAAUAUCGCACCUUUGGAGAAUGAAAAGGAUGAGUUUGGCAUCGUUACAGUGGAUUCCGGGAAUGUUGUCGCAAUUUACGGUCGCAAAGAGCUCGGAAGUGUCACACACGACUCUCCAAUUUUUGGGAUUUCUACGGCGUAUAUAAAGACAAAUGACGGUGGUUCCUCUUCCAUUAUACUUUCUGUAACAUCUGUGGACGUAAACGGGACUAUAAAGAGGUGGUUCCCCUUCUAUGGCGAUCUUUCUGUUGAUGUCUUUAGACCACUUGAUCGGCGCGUUUCUGCAAUUUCAGAGGGAAACAUCGUUAUCGACUACAGUAACUAUUUAUAUGAACGCUCAAAGUGCGAGAAUAAGGAGGAGUAUGCCCAGGGAUCUCUAAAUAAGGAGGAAGGAUACGAUCGACUGAUUGAGCUGAGCAAGUUUCUGGCGAUUGGAUAUACUGAUGGAUCUGUGGCUGUUUUUGACCUUGAGAAAUUGUCUAUACAUGCGCUGUUGCAUGGUAAAUCGCAAAUUCGUACUCUUUCAUUAUUUGUAGAUUCGGAGGGGGAUUUCACAAUCUCCGUAUUUGACGGUAUUCUGAAACUCUAUACCGUUAUUCAUAGAGAUUCUAAUGAUGAAAAUACUGUAGAUUCUCCGGGUAAAAUGAGUGAAGAUGGGAAUUCUGAAGUUUAUCCAUCGUAUUUGUCUGAUACCAAAUACAAAGCCCUGGUGAUUGAUGAUAAAUUAAACAUUUGCUCCAUGAAAGUGGAUGCUAACAAUAGGGACAUUAUUCUGCUUGCUACGACUGCAAAUAGACUUUUAAUGUUCAACUACAGGACAAAUAGAGCAAUGACGUUCAUCGGAAUUCCGGCGGGAAAGCUUUAUCUUUACCAUUACUCCCUGGAUUGUAACAUCUAUUUUAACGUAAUUUCAAUGGAUACUCAUACUGUUUGCGUUGAUUUAUUUAGAAAUUUCAAGGUAUAUAGCAGAAUAGUGACGGAUUGUGACUUUGGGGUUCUCUCGUCAUCAUUUCUACAACCUGCAUGCAUAUUUUCUGGAUCCAAUAACGGAGUUUUGAAUAUUUUAGACAUUGGAAUCGACAUUUUAGAGAUGAAUAACAUGAAGUUUAACGAGAGAAUAUCUGAAUUCUAUGGCAUAACCAACAAUUUAUCCCAACCAGGGGAUAGUGAUGAAGCUACUGUUAAAGGUGACGAUAAAAAGAGUGGAAAAGCAAAAAACUGGAGCAAAAGGCUUGGUAUUAUAGAUAACUAUACGCUGGAGUCGUUCAAACUUGACAUUUCACUUCCUACAAAGGGCAUAAGAACACUAAAGAGCAGAAUCAAAACGCUAGUUCACCACCCUAGAAUACCGAGUAUUAUAGCUGUUGGAUGCGAAGAUGGUUCUGUAAAUUUAAUAUUCAUAGAGGCAGAAAACACUUUGCUUCAUCAUAUUUUGUUCUGCACAAAAUUUGACCAUUCGGUUGACCAACUUGUCUGGACUCUGACAGACAGAAUGGACGAAGAUACUGAAGUCGAUUACAAGAAAUUGAAGAGUAGCUUUUUGGAAAGGAUAUGGAAAAGUAUAGAGAGUGCGAGAUACGCAUCUGUUUUGGUAAUGCAGAGCGAAGGUGAUGUUAGAUGGGUGGAACUAUCCAGGUCCAUGAACGUGGAGAGUUUGGAUACUAUAGAGCGCCCAAAUUAUAUAACAGUGGAUGCCAUGGAUUCUUAUAUGGAUAUGAUGAAAAGGUCAAAACUCUCUUUGAUAUUUUCUAUAAAAUGGCCCAUUGAGGGAUACUAUAUGGAAUAUGGUUCUGAAAAGGGAGUAGACGCGGAAAAUAAUGAAGACGUAGAAAGCAGUGCAGAUAUAGGAAACGUGGGAAUAGGUACUCUUACAAACUUUUGCAAUGUAAAGGACUCUCUGGCAAUGCUUUAUUAUGCUCAGAACUCGAUGUAUCUAUAUAUUUUGUCGAGAUUUGAGAAUUCAUUCAUUCUCAUUUGUCCAGUUUUGAGCAUUUCUGUAAAUGGGAUUCCAACAUCAGUCUCCAUAUCUGGCAAACAGUAUAACCAGAUUUAUAGACAUCAAGCAUCUGGAUAUGAAAUGUUGUAUUCUAGGUACUCUAAAGCGUCUUUGGACCAGUCGCUGUGUAUGAAUGCACUGCAAGAAUUUAUCGCGAUAGGUACAAACACAGGAUAUGUAUAUGCGACAUCUCUCUUGUACCUUUAUAACUUGUCCAUUUUCUCAUGCAAAUUUCCAUCUGGUGAUUCUCAGUCAUCGUUCGUCCCCGCUAAUGGGAUAUCUGGACGCAAAGUUGGAAUGUCUGUAGAUAUGCUAAAGUUCGCAGUGCUUUGGAGGAAAUAUGACAUGAAUGUGAAUUUCACAAAUCCAAAGAGAUGCAUGUGCACUGACGAUUGUAUAUUUAUCUUGGCCAUUGGUGUGGUUGGUUUUGGAGUAAAGGUAUGCACAGUUUCAAAUUAUCAUUCAGAGGGUACAAGAUCAGAGUUUUUGAAGAUAACACCUGUAUUUUCGCGGAGACAGAAUUAUAACUCUAUACUGUGGGCUGAACAGGCACUUCCAAACAUUACCAGGUUACUUGUAGGAAAUGGAAAGUCUUUAAAAUCUUUCAAUUUUAGCUACUAUCUUUUUGGUUCUAGUGAUAAUGCUUGCAGGAAUUUGGCAGAUUUACAAAAGUUUUUGGACCUUUUUGAGGCUAUGAAGGAUCGCGACUUUGCCCUGGAAAUUUUGCUAAAGCUUUUUUGUCACAAGAAUGGAGAUUUGUCUUCAAGCAGUUUUACUCCAGAGGAGUGCCUUCUAUUCUGCGACAAUAUGGAUAUUACAAGCCUGCUUGGCUCUGCAGAUUUAUCAAGUGACCGUCAUUUGUCCGUUAAACUGCUCAUUGAAAUUUGUAAAAACGGCAAGGAGGAAGUUGAAAAAUGGGCACCAGAAUUGCUCACUUCUAGGAUGACAUCGGAUACAUUUCUUGGCUAUUUUAACAACAUAUUUCUCAUUUACCAGGGAAAGUUUGGGAGAGAGAUGACAUAUCCCGAAGAAUGUAUAGAAUUUGCAAAAUCAGAAAUACGUUCAAUGGGUGGCAUUUAUUUGGCAAUUUUACUUGUGCUACUGGAAGAUGUCCAUGGUGCCGUAGAUUUACUAGCCACUAGUGGUCUGUAUGCUGAAACAUUUUUGCUCUGCAAUGCCCUAAAUUUGCCAAUGGAUUCUACGCUUUGUAAAGCUGCGGAAGUGGUACGCGACCGAGCUAUUUCUGCUCUAUUUUUCGCAAUUUCAAAUUCUACCCAGGGCGCUAAAGAGGUUUUGCAUAAAUUUGCUGAUGAGGAACUAUCGCAGGAAACAAAGGACCGCGUGACAAGGUGUUUGGAUUUGCUAAAUUUUGUACAAUAA